AUGGUUAACGACACUACAUCAAAUAUUACCUCCCAGAGCUAUUCUACCGUUACGGUUAUAUCUGUUCUAAGUUACGUGAUUUUAAUGAUAGUCACCGUUUCAGGAAACGCCUUGGCGCUGAGAGUAUUCCAUCGAUAUGUCGAACUUCGAACACCGGUAAACUAUUUGUUAAUUAAUCUAGCCAUUGCGGAUAUAUUAAAAGGAGGAAUACAAGAUGGACUUGUUCUUUGUGGAUUAUUAACACCUGAUUGGGGGUAUAAUCGGGUUAUAUGCAAUGUUAGUGGAUUUAUGUUAUCAGCUUUCCACGUCGGGACAAUUUUCACAUUGACUUUGACAGGAAUAUUCCGUUAUCUUAUUGUUGUAAACUCCAUGAAACAUUGGAUUACCAGAAAAGUGGUAGUUGCAGCUAUUUUAGUCAUUUGGUUAUAUGCUUGUUUAAUAGCUUUCUUACCCAUUUUGGGAUGGAACCACUAUACAUAUGAUAAGAUGCAACUUUUAUGCUUGCCUAACAUUACAAUGGAAAUCUCUUAUCCGAUAUUUGCAAUAACGGUGGAUAUUAUGGUACCCAUCUUCCUUUUAGGGUAUUGUUAUUUAAGGGUUUAUAUGGUCAUGAGACAAAACAUGCGGCGUACCACAGUCACUUUACAUGGAAAAACUCGAUCUAGAUCGUAUUCUCGCUUGCAUAAAAGAGAGGUACAGAUGACACGAAUGAUGUUUUCCGUUUACUUAGCAUUUGUAAUAUGUUAUAUACCUUAUGUAAUUCAGGCAUAUGUUCUGAUACCACUGCAAAUAGAUGUACCAAAUGUUAUAGUCUUUCUUACAGGUUAUAUUUUAAAUACUAAUAGUGCUAUAAAUCCGUUUUUGUAUGGAUUCACUUCGGAAAAAUUUCGUCAAGUUUACAGUGCCUAUUUAUGUUGUUUAUUUUCGUGCCGAAAACGGGUUAUGCCUAGUCGCUAA